UCCGUUGUACGCCUAUGGGGCAGCUUUCUUUCCAACCUCCGAGGCCGGGAUGGGUUCCCGCUUCUCUCGGCUGGGUCGGGCAUUUAUCCCACCUCAGCUAUUUCAGCUGCCAGAGGGUAUGACAAGGUGUGGGGAAGUAUUCCUUCCCGGGCAAAGCAGCUCAGCGGAACUGUCAUUUUCCUGAACUGGAUGAUUGCUUCCUGGCGGAGUUCUGAGAGCGAACACCCUGGGGCAAGAUGGCGGUUGUGCCUCGGUUGCUGCCCCGGGUCUGGCAGAACUCGAGUGUUUUGGGCUGAGACAGUGGCAGCUGCCGCCCCGGCCCCGAGUGCGGGGACCUCCAGCGAAUAAAGGCCUUUAUAAACGGACUAAUGCUGGCUGAUUUGUUCCUGUGGUUGUUGAUGCCGAGGAGAGACGCCGGCCCCAGGAGUCAUCUAAACUGGAGUUCGAAUACUAUUCGCUCUCUGUGUGACUUGGACAAGCUUCUCUAAAGUGAGAAGCUGUUCUCAGCCACGAGUCCUGUGCAAGAUCACUAAUGAUUACCUGGCAUUUCUGCAACACAGGAACGUCCUCAGGGUUUGUACAAGUUUGCAAACAUGUUCACCCUGUCUCAGACCUCGAGAGCGUGGUUCAUCGAUAGAGCCCGUCAGGCACGAGAAGAAAGGCUCGUGCAGAAGGAGCGGGAGCGAGCAGCUGUCGUGAUCCAGGCCCAUGUCCGGAGUUUUCUCUAUCGGAGUCAACUGCAGAGAGAGAUCAGGAGAGAGAUUGAUGACUUUUUUAAAGCAGAUGACCCUGGGUCCACUAAAAGAAGUGCACUUUGUAUUUUUAAGAUUGCAAGGAAACUACUGUUCUUAUUCAGAAUCAAAGAGGAUAAUGAGAGAUUUGAGAAGUUGUGUCGCAGCAUCCUGAGCAGCAUGGAUGCUGAGAAUGAGCCUAAGGUUUGGUAUGUGUCUCUGGCUUGUUCUAAGGACCUCACCCUCCUUUGGAUUAAGCAGAUCAAGAGCAUUCUGUGGUAUUGCUGUGAGUUUCUCAAGCAGCUCAAGCCUGAAAUCUUGCAAGACUCCCGACUCAUCACCCUGUACCUCACAAUGCUUGUCACCUUCACAGACACUUCAACGUGGAAAAUUCUUCGGGGAAAAGGUGAGAGUCUUCGACCAGCGAUGAACCACAUUUGUGCAAAUGUAAUGGGACAUCUCAACCAGCAUGGAUUUUAUUCUGUGCUGCAGAUAUUGUUAACCCGUGGCCUGGCACGACCCCGUCCUUGUCUAUCCAAAGGCACUUUAACGGCAGCCUUUUCUCUAGCGUUGCGCCCUGUGAUUGCUGCACAAUUCUCAGACAAUCUGAUUCGGCCGUUCCUCAUCCACAUCAUGUCUGUGCCUGCUCUGGUGACUCAUCUCAGCACAGUGACCCCUGAGCGCCUCACUGUUUUAGAAUCCCAUGACAUGCUUCGUAAAUUCAUCAUAUUUUUAAGAGACGAAGAUCGAUGCCGUGAUGUAUGUGAAAGUUUAGAAGGAUGCCAUACGCUUUGUCUAAUGGGCAACCUCCUACAGUUGGGCUCUCUCAGCCCCAGGGUGUUAGAGGAGGAGACGGAUGGGUUCGUGAGUUUGCUUACCCAGAUGCUGUGCUACUGUCAGAAGUACGUGUCCCAGAAGAAGUCCAACCUGACCCACUGGCAUCCUGUCCUUGGCUGGUUCUCUCAAUCUGUGGACUAUGGCCUUAAUGAGUCAAUGCACUUGAUCACCAAACAGCUGCAGUUCCUGUGGGGGGUCCCGCUGAUCCGGAUCUUCUUCUGUGACAUCCUGAGCAAGAAGCUGCUGGAGAGCCAGGAGCCAGCCCACAUGCAGCCAGCAUCCCCGCAGAAUGUGCUCCCAGUGAAGAGUCUCCUAAAGCGUGCUUUUCAAAAGUCGGCAUCAGUGCGGAAUAUUCUCAGGCCUGUCGGGGGUAAACGGGUCGAUUCUGCAGAAGUCCAGAAGGUGUGCAACAUCUGUGUCCUCUACCAGACUUCGCUGACGACUCUCACACAGAUCCGGCUGCAGAUACUCACAGGUCUCACUUACCUUGAUGACCUGCUGCCCAAACUGUGGGCGUUUAUCUGUGAGCUCGGGCCCCACGGAGGGUUAAAGCUCUUCUUGGAAUGCCUGAACAAUGACACUGCAGAAUCCAAGCAACUCUUAUCCAUGCUGAUGCUGUUCUGUGACUGUUCGCGGCACCUCAUCACGAUCCUUGAUGACAUUGAAGUUUACGAAGAACAGAUUUCAUUCAAAUUGGAAGAGCUGGUCACCAUCUCCUCUUUCUUGAAUUCUUUCGUGUUUAAGAUGAUCUGGGAUGGAAUUGUAGAGAACGCCAAGGGCGAGACCUUGGAGCUGUUCCAGUCCGUCCACGGGUGGCUGAUGGUGCUGUAUGAGCGAGACUGCCGGCGGCGUUUUGCCCCUGAGGACCACUGGCUGCGAAAGGAUCUCAAACCUAGUGUGCUCUUCCAAGAACUCGACAGGGACAGAAAACGGGCACAGUUGGUCCUGCAAUACAUCCCACAUGUCAUUCCUCACAAAAACAGAGUUCUCCUUUUUCGAACCAUGGUUACCAAGGAGAAGGAGAAACUGGGGCUGGUGGAAACCAGCUCUGCCUCCCCGCACGUCACUCACAUCACCAUCCGCCGGUCCAGGAUGUUGGAGGACGGCUACGAGCAGCUUCGGCAGCUCUCCCAGCAUGCAAUGAAGGGGGUCAUCCGGGUGAAGUUUGUCAAUGACCUCGGGGUGGACGAAGCAGGCAUUGAUCAAGAUGGCGUUUUCAAGGAGUUCUUGGAAGAGAUCAUCAAAAGAGUGUUUGACCCCGCACUCAAUCUGUUCAAGACAACCAGUGGGGAUGAGAGGCUGUACCCCUCACCCACAUCCUACAUCCACGAGAAUUACCUGCAGCUCUUUGAGUUUGUGGGGAAGAUGCUGGGGAAGGCUGUGUAUGAGGGAAUUGUGGUGGACGUGCCGUUCGCAUCCUUCUUCCUGAGCCAGCUGCUCGGGCACCACCACAGCGUCUUCUAUAGUUCGGUGGAUGAACUGCCUUCUCUGGACUCCGAGUUCUAUAAAAACCUCACCUCCAUCAAGCGCUAUGACGGAGACAUCGCUGACCUGGGCCUGACGCUGUCUUAUGACGAGGACGUUAUGGGUCAGCUUGUUUGCCAUGAACUGAUUCCUGGAGGGAAGACCAUUCCUGUUACAAAUGAAAAUAAAAUUAGCUACAUCCAUCUGAUGGCGCAUUUUCGAAUGCACACUCAAAUAAAAAACCAGACAGCUGCCCUCAUUAGUGGAUUCCGUUCCAUUAUCAAACCCGAGUGGAUCCGAAUGUUCUCAACUCCUGAACUGCAACGUCUCAUCUCGGGCGACAAUGCUGAGAUUGAUCUGGAAGAUUUAAAGAAGCACACAGUGUACUAUGGUGGUUUCCACGGAAGUCACAGAGUCAUCAUCUGGCUCUGGGAUAUUCUGGCCUCCGACUUCACACCAGAUGAGAGAGCUAUGUUUCUGAAGUUCGUGACCAGCUGUUCCAGGCCACCACUCCUGGGAUUCGCCUACCUCAAGCCUCCCUUCUCCAUCCGCUGCGUGGAAGUGUCAGAUGAUCAGGAUACCGGGGAUACCCUGGGCAGUGUCCUCCGGGGUUUCUUCACCAUCCGCAAGCGGGAGCCAGGCGGCCGCCUGCCCACCUCCUCCACCUGCUUCAACCUGCUCAAGCUGCCCAACUACAGCAAGAAGAGCGUCCUCCGUGAGAAGCUGCGCUACGCCAUCAGCAUGAACACAGGCUUUGAACUCUCUUAGCUCCCGCCCUGGCCCUGCCUCCAGGGUUUCUGGGCUGCUAAGGACCUUCAGCUCCCAGACACAGCACGGCCCCUGGGAGUGUGACCAACAUGCCAGGUGCCGUCGCUCCCCAGACCCUCUCUAUAGCCAUGAGACUCCCCUGUGGCCUCAAGAACUUUAGACCCACAAUAAUGCCACACAGCAUUCUUCAGGUGAUGCCCACAGCCCAGGGCUGCAGAACAUAAACCUCCAGGUUCCACCCACGCGACUCCGUCCUUCCUGGUGAUGCCAGAGGACCUUCUUUUUGUUAGUGUGAUCUUUUUGGGAGUCUGUCUUUCCUUAGCCUUCUGAGUGAGCUGUGUAUGAACAAGUCCCAGGAAUUCCAGGAGUGCAGAGUGGUUUUCGCAACAUGGGUCUGAGUGUACAAAGCCUACUGCACGUGAGAUUCUCUCCUUUCGUUUCUGAAAUCUCUUACUCAGGUAAGGCCUCGCCAAGCCUCUAUGCACCUGACAAAGUCUCUGCCUCCAUGCCGUCCACAAGGCUUCUUCCCAGACAGCCAGGCCCAUCUGCUGCCCAGGGAAGCGCAGGUGCCUGCUAGGGACGCCACGGAGCACUGUGAGUCCAAGGCGCUACUCCCGCCUUGAAGCCACAUGCUCCACACCACGGUCCUCCUUCUUCCUGCAUCCUCAGCGGGCCGAGCUGCCAGGGAACCUUCCCGGGCCUGUUCCUGUCUUAUGCAUUCACCCUGGCAUCUUGGUUUGGGAGAAGAAAACCACUGGUCCUUAGCAGCAGCCCCGUUUCCAGAACACGCUGGCUGUUACCCAAAGCCCGCUAGUCCCACGGAGGACAGCUGCCUUUGACCCUGCUUAUUUGCCCCACUUGUUAUCUAAAUGAAACAAACACUAACCUAAGGUAGCCAUCCCGUCUGGGCGGUGGCUUCACUCCACAGAUGGCAAAAUCCCAAGAAACUUGGGUCUCGUCGCCCAUCCUUCCUCAGCACAGGGAACCUGGAGUCCCGCUGCACUGACAGAGGCUCACACCCUCUGGGUUGGUUUUUUCUUUUUUUAAACUUAAUUUCUCUUCCAACCCAUUGUGUUCCUCUGCCCUCAUUCUUUACCUUUGUUCUAAGAACUUUACUGUAGAUCCAGGGAGCUGAGGCAGAGACCCUGUUGUGGUGUGUGUUGACAGCCACCUACCCUCUCCCACCUCACGCUCCUGCUCCCGCACCUGCAUCCACGCCACUGAGACGGAUGCUGGAUUCACAGCCAGGAAGGCCCAGUCCCUCCUGCUCUCUUCACAACUGCAAAACACUUUCCAACAAGAGCUGUCCCGGUGGCAGCAGAGCAGGGGGCCACCCGUCCCCACAGUCCUUCAGAGGGUUUCAGCUGUAUCCUGGUGUCCCACCCAGGUCAGGACCCUGGGCUUUGGAAAACUGUGUGUGCUCUACUUUGAUGGAAACUUGGCAAGGAAUUUAAAGACAGGAAUGCAUUCAUGUUAUUUAAGAUGUGUUAGUAACCUCUUACUUCUGUGGACUUGCCACUUUCUUCAAAUGCUCAGUUCCUUUGAAGAUUUCUGAACGUCUGUGCACAUGCUGGGCAGGUUUGUGCAUACAUGCUGGGACCCCAGACUGUCAGCCUGCACAGAGAAGGUAGACCCUGUCCUCAUUUUUAUUAUCUGAAGGUCAGAGCCAGUGAGGGACUAGGGAGAGAGUGAUUUAUAAGCACCAGUAUCAACUUUACCUAUGUGGAUUUUUGACAAGGAGGGGUAGUUUGUAAUUUCAUUUAAUUUUUUCUUCUCAGCAGCUGGAAAUAUUGCACUAUCUGAAACACUGAAUCUCCUUUUGUAACUGGUGUUCACUGACACCUUGAUGGCUCUUGAUGGCUCUAAAAAGUUGCAGGAUGUUUUGUUUUUGUAGCUAACUUAUGGAUGGAGAUGUGAUCAGAGGCUUUAUUAAAUUUGUACUUCCGCAUA